UGGAGAGCAAGAAGUGACAGUAGUGAUACGUGCCCAGUUUUCCUUUCUAAUUCACUUAAUUCCCACCCCUUGACACAAUGGCAGACUUGGAGAUUGACACAGGGAAGCCUCAGCUCGACGAGAAAAUCGCUGAGUGGUUGAAAUGGGAUAAGAAUGAAGUCACACGAGCGGAGGUGGAACAGAUGGUUCAACGGCGUGAUGUCAACCAGCUGGAGGAGAUCAUGGCACAUCGCAUGGUCUUUGGGACGGCUGGGCUGCGCGGUCGCAUGGGGGCUGGAUGUGCCCUCAUGAACGACCUGGUCAUCAUUCAGACCUCACAGGGAUUCAGUAAGUAUUUGACAGCUGUGAACCCCCAAGCCAGGGCAAAGGGCAUUGUGAUUGGACAUGACAGUCGCCACAAUAGCCACAGGUUUGCCAGACUAGCAGCAGCAGCCUUUUUAAACAACGGAAUUCCAGUUUACCUUCUUGGCAAAAUUGUGCCAACACCUUUUGUGCCUUUCACCAUCCUGCAGUACGGGGCAGCUGCUGGUGUGAUGGUCACUGCUUCCCAUAAUCCAAAGGAAGAUAAUGGUUAUAAAGUGUACUGGGAAAAUGGUGCUCAGAUCAUUCCCCCUCAUGACUCAGGCAUCCAGAAAUCCAUCGAAGAGAACCUGAGCCCUUGGGAAGAUGCCUGGAAUGUAGAGAAGGCAUUGGCAGACCCAAAGCUGUCUGACCCCCUGGAUGACAUCUCCAACAAAUAUUUCUCAAAACUGGGGUCCUCCAUGCUUGAUAAGGAGAAGAACCAAGCCUCUCCGCUGACCUUCACCCUAACAGCCAUGCACGGCGUUUCACAUGACUACAUGGUGGAAGCUUUCAAAGUGUGUGGAUUUAAGCCCUUUGUCCCAGUGAAAGAGCAGAUGGUGCCUGACCCAGAAUUUCCGACCGUCAAGUUCCCCAACCCAGAAGAAGGCAAGAGCGCACUGGACCUCUCCUUCAAGACGGCAAAUGAAAAUGGCUCGUCUGUCAUUCUGGCCAAUGACCCUGAUGCAGAUAGGUUGGCGGUGGCUGAGAAGUUGCCGAGUGGGCAAUGGAAGGUGUUCACAGGCAACGAGGAAGGAGCCUUGCUCGGUUGGUGGGCAUGGCAGCGCAGUCGCCAACUCUCACCAGACAUCCCACCCAGCAACUGCUACAUGAUCGCAUCCACUGUCUCAUCGAAGAUUCUGAGGGCCAUAGCAAGCAAGGAAGGAUUUCAUUUCGUGGAAACCUUAACAGGCUUUAAGUGGAUGGGUAACAAAGCCCAUGACCUGAUCCAGGAAGGCAAGACUGUUCUCUUUGCCUUUGAGGAAGCAAUUGGGUUCAUGAAUGGAAGUGAGGUUUUGGAUAAGGAUGGUGUCUCGGCUGCAAUACGUCUGGCAGAAAUGGCAACUGUCCUAAAGGCAGACCACAACAUGACACUAUUUGACAAACUGCAGGAUAUUUACAAAACAUAUGGAUAUCAUGUCAGCAACAACUCAUAUUACAUCUGUCAUGACCAGAAAAUUAUAAAUAAGAUGUUUGAGAGAAUAAGGAACUUCAGUGGACCAAACACUUACCCCGAGGCAGCGUGUGACGGCAAAUUCUCCGUGGCCAGCGUGCGCGACCUGACGACGGGCCACGACUCCUCGCAGCCCGACAAUAGAGCCAUCCUCCCCGUGUCGGCCUCGAGCCAGAUGGUUACCUUCCUGUUCUCCAACGGGUGUGUUCUCACCCUCAGGACCAGUGGAACGGAGCCCAAGAUCAAGUACUACUCGGAGAUGUGUGCCAAGCCUGAGCAGCAUGACUGGGCGGCCCUGGAAGCUGAGCUCGCAGAACUGGUGGAAGGCGUUGUCCAGGAGAUGAUGGAACCGCAGAAGAACAGCCUCAUUGCUAGAGUAGAUUAGGUGCGGUGCUGCAUCCCUGACCUCAUUCCACACUUUGUGGGAGGCGCUUACCUCCUGGUAACAGUGUGUUGCCCUACUUGGGGUGAACACUUGUUUGUAAUUGAAAUAGAAAUAAAUCAGUCAUAAUUAG